AAUUCAGAAUUUAUGUGCGACUGUCCAUUGUCGGUGAUCAUAGCCGACUUGUUAAUACUCACAGUCGCCACAUAUAUCAACCCUCCUCUGGAUUUGAUACGUCAGUUUCUGUUGGAUCCAAUGCAUUCAGUUUAUCUGGGUGUUAUGAAGAAAUUGUUUGAGUAUUGGCUGAAUGGUAAUGUGAAGACUGUAAGAAUAAGUAAUAAUGCGAAGAAACAAUUAUCUGUAUUAUUAAUCCAGCUUCAACGACAAAUACCGUGUGAAUUACAACGGACGACAAGAUCAUUAUCAGAAAUUAAUAAAUUUAAGUCUACAGAAUUUCAAUUUAUUUUAUUAUAUGCCGGCCCAAUUAUUUUCAAAAAAGUAUUGCCUAAAAACAUUUACAAACAUUUUUUACUUCUUCACAUUGGCUGCAGAUUAUUAUCAUCCAGAGAAUUCGCAGUACAAAAAAAUAAACACGCUAAGUACUUAUUGACAAAAUUUGUUGAAAUUGCUCCUUCAUUAUAUGGAGAACAAUGUUUAAUAGGAAAUAUGUACAGUCUUAUCCACCUUGCUGAUGACAUAGAGUAUAUGAAUUGUCCUAUCUCCUAUAUAACAACUUAUUCAUUCGAAAAUAUGCUUGGAAAACUAAAGAAACUUUUGCAUCAUGGUAAAAAACCUUUGGAACAAAUAUGUCGACGAUGGAACGAAUUAGCUAUUAAUAUAAAACAACCCACAAUACCACCUACAAUACAAAUAUUGAGAAAAUUACGUUCUGAUCAUGUUGGUAAUAUACCUGUGGUAAAAAUACAAUUAAAAAAUACAAUUUUAACGAACAAAUCUCCAAAUAAUACAGUAUUAUUAAAUAAUAAUAAAAUAUUAGAAAUUAACAGCAUAUAUAUCUCAGUAAAUGAAAAUAUACAAUCGAUAAAAAUAACAGGAAUAAUUUUGAAAAAGAAUGAACCUCUAUACAAAUCCAUGCAAUGCUGAAAUUAUGAAAUGUGGCGUGUUUCGAAAAGACGUAACAAUGUUGGAAAUUAUAUGUUAAAUGACAUUCAACAAAAAAUGAUACAAUUUAAUAUUAGUAGUGAAACAGAAGAAAUAAUUUAUGUAAUGCCUUUACUUCAUACAUAAAUAACUAUUUCAUAAUCAUGUAUAUCAUAAUUAAUAUUGCAUUAAUGCUUAACGCAAAUAUAGUAUAGUAUUAU